AAAGAAAGCCUUGAAAGGAAUGCGCACUGCACCUCUCUCUCUCUCUCUCUCUCCUCCCCUCCUAUUGUUAUCCUAUAAAGUCGCCGUCAUCGUCAAAACCGACACCCCAUCUCUCUCUCUCUCUGUCUCUCAGCGGUCUGAGUCUCCAACGUUCGAAAAAAGCCCCAAUUCCUCUUUAAACCUCUACACAAAGCUUCUCCUCCUGCCCACGCGCCGCCCAUCACCACCGCCAUUAUCUCUCUCUCAAAAGCAGAGUGAUCCAAAUCCAACCUCUUGGCUUUUUGGUUAUUUUUUUUUUAAUUUUAUCUCUCUCUCUAACAACCCCCAAACCGAGAUCUGAAGAAAGAAAGUGGGGGAGGAACUUUAUGAAUCCGAAAGCUCUGGACCGAAGAUGGGCGGAAUCACGUCUUCGAUUGCCGCUAAGUUCGCCUUCUUCCCUCCCAGCCCUCCCUCUUACACGCUGAUCAUCGACGAUUCCUGCGCCGGCCGAUUCUACAUACCGGAGGUCCCUAGGAGGGACGACGUCGACUUUUUGAGGCUUCGGACUCGACGAGGCAACGAAAUCGUGGCCGUCCAUAUCAAGCAUCCUAAGGCCACUGCUACUCUUCUCUACUCCCACGGUAAUGCCGCUGAUUUGGGUCAGAUGUUCGAGCUCUUCGUUGAGAUGAGCCUCCGUCUUCGCAUCAAUCUCAUGGGGUAUGAUUAUUCUGGCUAUGGACAGUCAACUGGAAAGCCAUCUGAAUGUAAUACAUAUGCAGACAUUGAUGCAGUGUAUAAAUGCCUUAAGGAGCAGUAUGGGGUUCAAGAUGAACAAUUAAUAGUAUAUGGUCAAUCUGUUGGUAGUGGUCCAACCAUUGAUCUUGCUUCCCGUGUACCAAAUUUGAGAGGUGUAGUUCUACAUAGUCCAAUCCUCUCUGGGCUGAGGGUAUUAUACCCUGCUAAGAGAACUUAUUGGUUCGAUAUUUUCAAGAAUAUUGACAAAAUUGGUAUGGUGAACUGUCCUGUUCUUGUAAUCCAUGGGACAGCAGAUGAAGUUGUUGAUUGUUCCCAUGGAAAACAGCUUUGGGAGCUUUGCAAUCAAAAGUAUGAACCCUUGUGGCUAAAUGGGGGUGGACAUUGCAAUCUCGAGCUUUAUCCAGAGUUCAUUAAACAUCUGAAGAAAUUUGUACUGUCGCUUAACAAAUCAAAAGCAACCACAAAUGGUUCCAAGAAAACAACAGUAGACACUGAGAAUCAGACCAAGCCAUCUGAAACUGGUCCUUCAGAUACAUUUGAGUUACACCCUGAUCCUCCUGAAAUUUCUAGAAACAGUUUAGAUAGUCGACUAGAGAAAUCUAAGAAGUCAAACAAGCCUGAAAAAUCCCGGAUGAGCACUGACCAUGUUGACAGGUUUAGGAGGAGAAAGGGCUUAGUUUGGUGAUCACUUGUGUUAGGAGCAUCUUAAAAUAAGUUGGGCCCGGAUUUCCCACGCAAGAAGGUAAAUUAUUCAAUUAUAAUAGUGUUUCCUGUAUCCAAAUGUAUCAACUCUAGUUUCAGACUACUAUAUUGAGUGUGUUUCAUAAAACAGUUCAAGAUAAAUCAGAAAAGUAGGUGAAUUUUUCUUUAUCUUUA